UUCGCCCAAGGUACACGUUAUUCGAAUAUUGACAAAACUGCACGACUGCGUUUAGUGAACUUACGUAAAAUACUUGACGGUUGGGCUAUUGUUAUGCUUACACACGAGAACGUGUGUUAUAGCUGUCUGGUUAAAGUUGGUGAGCUAUGAUGGUUUUUUGAUAGUACCCCAGAAAGCUUAUUUACUUAAUACACACACAGGGUCAUUCGGUGAAAAUGUACAUUGGUGCAGUGUAGCUUGCCUGUGAAAAUUUAAAUGCCACUGAAUUUUUGUCAUACUGGUGUUGAUAGAGUGCUUUAAUGACUUUCGGGUUAGAUAGCGGUUACAGGUAACAGUUUGACGGAGAAUAGGCCGGAGAAUGAAGUGUGUUCGGUGCGUGGCAAAUACUCAUAUAUUCGGUCAGUCACACACCUCUGUCGGAGAACGAAGUCUUCGUGCUAGACUAAAAUGAGGCCCGUUUUCUUGAUGUGGGAUCCUGGUCGAGCUUUCCUUCUGAUUAUCUCUGCCGUGAACAUCUGCGUCGGGCAGCUAUCAAUUAAAAACUCUCUCUUAGCCGAACGAAAAGACUGGAUAGAGCCGAGCAGUCGAUUCGAGAACACAGCGAUCGAUGAGAUUCGUACGGAGGAAGCAAGGCAACAUGAACAAGCGGAUGAACUCACGCCAGAUAGGCAUGCGAUUCUUGACUCAGGAAGUAAAAAGUGCAGUAAGUUGUUGGGGACGUGCGAACAGUCGUUGUCAAAAUGCGAGGCACAGCUGUUACGAUAUCAGAUGCUGGCAGAUGCAACAAAUAACGGAAAGCUCUCCACUGAUAUGGUGUACCUUCGCAAAUGGGUGAAGAAUAUAAUGACACGCCUCGAGGGUGGCUACCUUGAUCAAAAAGAUACUCCCGGACGGUUGGAGCUCGCGUUUAGCACGGAGGAUAUUGAAGAGCUUCGCAUAUUGCUCAAUAAACUGGACGCUCGAUCUGCAAGUCGGAUCAGUAUAAAAAUGAAUGAUAUCGUGACCAAUGCUGAGGUCUUCUUUGACUACCGGGAAAGACCAUCGAAGGUUCAGCUGUUCUGGCUAAGUGUUAUUGGUCUCUUAUCGGAAGUGAAUCUUCUCGUUGUAAUACGCGUUACAAUUCUACUGCUUGGAGUCCUCUUUAUUGUGAUUAUAUUGAUCUCGCGCUCUCGAGUCGUCACCUAUGGUUACAGUUUGUUCUUCCUCUUCUGGUUAUCCUACUUCUGGUACUGGCAGAACCUGCUAAGGCAUUCCGAGGCUGACCUCUACCUACUGAAUCAAAAAAGCCCUUGUGAGGACGGUAGGGCAUGGUACAAUCCGUCGAGGUAUGUCAGCUCGGACUCAAAAGAGUGUCAGGAGUAUAUGCGUAGGCAAUUUACGCCCGCCCACAUGGAAUAUUCGCCCAUAGAGGUCUUGCUUCGUAUGGUCUCUGAAUACUCAUCAAAGGCUAUCUCGUUGGGCAUUGCAAAUCUGUUCUCAGGGCUGGGUGUGGCAAUUAGAGAAUUUGCCGAUCAACAAUCUUGGUUUAGCGUCGUGCCAGCCUUUAUAUUACUGUUUGGAGUACUUGUAAUUUUAGCUUUUAAGGCAUCAGGGAUGUCACUGUCUUUUUUUGGGUUACGGAUGGAAGCCUCUGGAAAGAGAGGAACGCAGCAUUUUGAGCCGAUAGUAAUGCAGCGAGGAAAUUAUAUCCAUGAGAUGUCAGAACAAUUCGAUCUAGAUGAAAGCAGAGGAGGUUUUCCGGAGUCGAGAAUGCGUUCGCAAUAUGUGAAAGAUUUACAUGCAGCGCAGCUUUCGCGAAACACGUUACAACAGUACAGGUUGUCUUCAAUGCCUGCCACUUUGCGGCUUAUUGAGAUGCCACCGCCCUCAGAUACCACUGUUCUUAAAAGAGCACGGCAGGACCGUGUACGUCCCUCUCAACGACUUCCAGUGAACAGAGCUAGAAGUGAUUGCAGUCCUAGCAAACACGACGAUGAAGACCAAUACGAUACAGCGAACGAUGAUAACGAUUCUUGAGGAUACCCACUGUCGUUUGUAUAAUUUUCAUUUUGUGCUAUAGACCCUUCUGUUUAUUUAAGAUACAUAGCUAGCUACUACUGAGGCAGAGUAAUGUAUUUCAAUUAUAUAUCAUAGUCGCACUCUCCUUGUCAUGCCGUACAUAAAACUUGACUGUACAUCGUAAAUUGUCCAUACAAAUAUUCAGGUUUUUUAAUAUUUUUUCGUUUAAUUUUUUUAUAAUUUUUUAUAAUUUUAUCAAGAAUUUUAAUAAAUUCUAUUAAAUUUUCCAUUAUUAGAGGCGACUAUACGUAACCCGAUAGUACUAAAAAAAUUCUUACGUUUGCUCGAUGCAGAAGCAAAAAGGAAUUUGUAAGCGUAUUUGAUUUUAGGCCAUGCAUAUGCUUCAUUAGCUCUUCCUUAUUCCGUACGCAUGAGAAAUUGCUGCGCCCCUGUGGCUGAACUUGUUGUAUCUUAAUGGUUAUGUAAAGCUCUAUUACAUCAAUGUUUUUUUAAAUCUGAAGGAUACUUUUUUUAGUUUUGUUGUAGAUACGACGUUUUCGCAAGGCUUGUGAAUAGAUUUAUUAACAUUUUUUUAGAGACUUCACCUAGCUUUCUUAGGAAUAAUAAGCCUGUUUAGCUUGUGAUCUAGUUAUUUUUAAACUUGACCCAACGUACUUGAAACCGCUAUUUUGUAUAUCGGUUAUAUGAACGGCCUUGUAUGUAAGUGCGCAACAUUUACACAUGUUCUAUGCGUUAGGUCUUUAAUGAAAAUAAAGUACCAGUGUUGAAUUUAA